AUGUUCUCUGGUUGCAGGGAUGAGGNNGAGACCAGUGGCGAUGCCCAGAUCAAUGGUNGUGCCAUGAGCUGGGCCUUCCUAGAGUCUACCAAAGCCAAUCCGGAUCCGACUUACAAAGAGGCUUUGCACAUGACCCGUGGCUUGCUCAAAGCGUCUGAGUACACUCAGGUAAGAGUCCUAUUUUUCCCAUCAAGGCUACACGCUGACAACUCACAAGNNGUUCCUCAGCUUUGUGUUGGACGUGAGCUGGAUUUGGACCAGCCAUUGAUCCUUUGA